UCCGGCUUGGCGCGAGCCGUUGGCGGCGGCGGCUGCGGAGGAGACUGAAGCCAAAACCAGGAAUGUCUGGGAGGCAGACGCGGUCCGGAGGGGCCGCCCGGCACUCAGGGCCUAAGGCCCCGUCUCCUACCAGGUUAACGCGGAGGUCCCAGCGGAAAUCAGGCUCCGAUCUCCCGAGCACCCUCCCUGAAAUCUGGCCGAAGGCAUCCCCUGCAGCACCAGUCCGAAAGCCCAUCGUCUUGAAGAAGAUAGUGGCCCAUUCGCUGGAGGUGAGGGCUGAGAAGGGGGUUGUGGGGUGGGGAGCCAAAAUUGGUAGCGGGCUCUGUUCUGAACUAGUGUUGUCUCCACAGAUCCCAGCUGUCCACUCGCCUCGCAGGAGCCCUAGGAUUGCCUUUUUCUUGGAGAAAGAAAACAACCCUCCUAUCAAGGAACCUACCAAGGAGGACCUUUUCAAGACAUGCAGCGUGCCCAUCACUCCAGCCACUACUCCGGUGCUCAACUCCUUGAAGGUUGAGUCCAGCUCCAAGGAAAGACACCCGGAUGCCAGAGACUUGGAAAUGUCUAAGAAGGUCAGGCGAUCCUACAGCCGGCUACAGGCCCUUGGUUCUGCCUCCACCUCCACCUCUACCCCAGGCCGCCGGUCCUGCUUUGGCUUCGAGAGGCUGCUGGGGGCAGAAGACUUGGCCGGAGUCUCCCCUGUGGUGUGUUCAAAGUCAGCUGAGGCCCCCAGUGUCCCUGUGAAACCCUGCAUCCCAGACACAGCCCUUCCCGGAAUCUCCCCACUAAUCAUGAAAGAGAAACGGAAGAAGAAGAAGGUGCCAGAGAUCCUGAAAUCACAGCUGGAUGAGUGGGCCGCGGCCAUGAAUGCGGAGUUUGAAGCUGCUGAGCAGUUUGAUCUCCUGGUUGAAUGAGAUGAAGUGGGGGUGCCUCUGGCCAGACUCUCCCUCCUCUCCCUAUACAUAGCCCUUCCCCCAUCUCAGUGGUAGUCUGGAGAAGAUACUUGGGGUCUACCUUCCCUGGGCUUCCUUGCUCCCAAUGCCUAUGCCGUUGCCGUACGGGAGGCUUGUCCACCUCUGAGGGCUCGUGUGGCGGCCGCGGUCUCAGUUUCAGGAAACGACCAUUGAGCCAGCUCCUCACUCGUAUCCUGUCUUUGGUCAGUGGCCUGCUGGCCUCUGAGUGUCCCACCCAACUGCCGGUUGGCCUCAGGCUGGGGAAUAGGAAUCACUGACCCGGCAAAGGACAUUAAAGGGCUGGGCUUGAAGGCGAGGGCACCUCUGCCCUUGUUGAGAUGUGCCUGGCUGCUCUGAACCAGCCCCAACAGAAACUGGUGCUGAGGCCACUGAUGGCCUCUGGCUUUCCCUCCUGAGUCCCAGCCCCACGCCAUCUAUGUAAAGAGGUUUGGGGUUCUGCAGGGGAUGGUCCCCGAGAGAGUCGAUGGGUUGGGGGCCAGUCCUAUCUUGGAGGGAAAAGCUGGACUUUCAGCCUGUGGAGCCUAAGAUUUGAAGGAAGAAGGGAGGCCUUGGAGGGUCUCAGGCCAGAAGUUUUUCCUGCAUAGAAGCUGUAUUUCAUAGUUCUGUGUUCUGCUGUUGCAAUGUUCCGUAAAUGCCAGACUGGCAGAAUGCUGGCUGUCUGGGGCUCAGGGUAUAUUUCAGGGCACAGCCGCCAGGGAACCUGAGGCCCACGGACUAUGAGACAUCACCUGCCCAGAGCCUGGGGUCUUGCCUCUGCUGCAGGGGUGGGGAGGGGCCCCCUCUUGUCCCUCACACCCAUUUCUGGCACAAAGCACGGUGCUUACUUAGCCCUAGAAGAAUCUUGCUCUGAAAGGUCCCAGUCCCACCAGCAUUGUACAGCUACACUUGUAAAGUUUGGGGAAGCUUUUCUUACAUACCAGGAAGGUAGAAAUUUUAACUUUUAGCUUCCUUUCUUAGAUGAGAACAUUGCUUGAGGUAGGUGCUAGGAGUUGAACUGGGGAUCCCAUUGUGUCGGGAAUUUCCUACCCAUUUUCUCAAUUCUAGUAGAGGGGGUGGUUUUGAAUGCUGCCCUCAGCCUCCACUACUCCCGCCAUACUCCAGGCCAAUACCUCUUUUGACAUAUACAAGUUUGCGUCAUUAGAAGCUAAGUGGAAUGUGGAGGAGCUCACAGAUAACACCAGGGAAGACGAGCACUUGAUGGGGCCCUUGGAUGUAACAGCACCCACUGGGUGCUCAUGACACCCCUUGCAAGGCCUGGAGGUCCCAGGAUAUCUGGUGCAUUGUGUACCCUGCAUGCAAGCCCCCUUGCUGAUGUGGGCCCAGAAGCCCUUCAAGUCAAACCACAUUUGAAGAAUCGUCUGCACUGUCUGGUGGGGCAGGGCUCUUGGGAGAUGUCAGUCGUACAGAAUCCAGGGUAGACAGAUGAUGUUGAGUUCAUAUCAUCACUGCAAACAUUUCUCUGUCCCUAGGGACUAAGAAUGUUGAGUUAAGGGAAAAUUGGGAUUUUUUUGUUUUUAAUAAAAAAAAACGGU